AAUCGUCGUCACAAGGAGCAUUAGAAUUUAGAGCAGUUGAAUUUUGUCUCUCUGCUACGAAAAUAAAUACGAAACCCCCAAAUACCGAACCCUCCUCUGGUUGGCGCCCAAGGCAACGAUUCCAUUCGAGGGUUCAGGCUCAUCAGAUAAUAAAAGAGGAAUUGAAUUGCAUUUGAUUCGCCCUCCCCUCCCCAACCAAAACCAAUUUUGAUGACGCAGCAGCAGCAGCAGCCGCCAUCUCUUCCGCUUCCGCCUCCGCCACUUGCCACCUUCGGAGGCGUCACCGGAGGCGUGCAGGUGCGAUGUGCCGGUUGCCACAGGGUUCUGACGGUGGCUCCUGGGAUUACGGAGUUCAAGUGCCCCAAUUCUCACUGCAAAUUGGCCCAGAUGUUGCCUCCGGAGCUCAUGACUAGGGCCCACCACAAGGUUCUUCUUCCUCCGCCACCGCCUCCUCCUCCUGCUCUUCCUCCUCUUCCCCCCCACGUCCCCGCCCACGGCAUUGAUCCCACCAAGAUCCAACUUCCUUGCGCGCAUUGUAAGGCUAUUCUCAAUGUCCCUCAUGGUCUUGCUAGGUUCGCUUGCCCUCAGUGCGGUGUUGACCUCGCCGUCGAUGUCUCCAAGCUCCGCCAAUUCUUUCCUCCCCUUCCUCCCCCACCUCCCGACGAGGUCAACGAGGUAGCCAUUGAAGUUGAGCGAGAAGAAGAUGGAGGAGGAACAGUCGGAGAAACAUUUACAGACUAUCGCCCUCCAAAAUUAUCUAUGGGACCGCCCCAUCCAGAUCCCAUUGUGGAGACAUCUUCCUUGUCUGCAGUGCAGCCACCCGAGCCCACUUACAAUCUUAAAAUUAAGGAUGGGUUGGAAAUAUCCAAAUCUUUAUCAUGUUUGCAGAUUGAAACAUUGGUCUAUGCUUCCCAGAGACACAUGCAGCACCUUCCAAGUGGUUCUAGGGCAGGAUUUUUUCUUGGAGAUGGAGCUGGUGUGGGUAAAGGUAGGACAAUUGCAGGGUUAAUAUGGGAGAAUUGGCAUCAUGGGAGGAGGAAAGCAUUGUGGAUUUCUGUUGGUUCGGACUUGAAGUUUGAUGCAAGAAGAGACUUAGAUGAUGUGGGUGCAAUGUGUAUUGAAGUUCAUGCUUUGAACAAGCUUCCAUAUUCUAAGCUUGAUUCAAAGUCUGUUGGUGUUAGGGAGGGAGUUAUUUUUUUGACAUACAGCAGCCUAAUUGCAUCCUCUGAGAAAGGUCGAUCGCGUUUGCAACAGCUUGUGCAGUGGUGUGGACCAGAUUAUGAUGGUCUUAUUGUAUUUGAUGAGUGCCACAAAGCGAAAAAUUUGGUACCUGAAGCUGGAAGUCAGCCAACACGAACUGGUGAAGCAGUUCUUGACAUUCAGGCUCGACUUCCUGAAGCUCGUGUUAUUUAUUGCUCAGCAACUGGUGCCUCUGAACCACGCAAUAUGGGUUACAUGGUCCGUCUUGGUCUUUGGGGAGCUGGGACAGCUUUUAUUGAUUUUCGUGAUUUUCUAGGUGCUUUAGAGAAAGGUGGUGUUGGAGCACUAGAACUUGUUGCCAUGGACAUGAAAGCAAGAGGAAUGUAUGUGUGUCGCACACUAAGCUACAAAGGGGCAGAGUUUGAAGUCAUCGAAGCACCAUUAGAAGCUGAAAUGAUGGAAAUGUACAAAGCAGCUGCAUUAUUCUGGACCACUUUGCGAAUGGAAUUACUGACAGCUAGUUCUUUUCUUAACGGUGAGAAACCCAAUUCAAGUCAACUUUGGCGACUAUAUUGGGCUAGCCAUCAGCGUUUCUUUAGACAUAUGUGUAUGUCGGCUAAGGUGCCUGCUAUUGUAAGACUAGCAAAGCAAGCAUUAUCAAAUGAUAAAUGUGUGGUUAUUGGCCUUCAGAGCACUGGAGAGGCACGAACAGAGGAAGCUGUUACAAAAUAUGGUCUUGAGCUUGAUGAUUUCAUUUCGGGACCGCGAGAACUACUGCUGAAAUUUGUUGAAGAAAACUACCCUUUGCCUGAAAAGCCUGAACCUCUUCAGGGGGAGGAAAGUGUAAAGGAGCUUCAACGAAAGAGGCACUCAGCAACUCCUGGUGUUUCAAUGAAAGGGAGAGUGAGGAAAGUUGCAAAAUGGAAACCUGAAAGUGAUGUCGAAAGUGAUGAAGAAUCUGAUACUGAUUCUGCUCAUGAAUCUACUGAAUCUGAUGAUGAGUUUCAAAUAUGUGACAUUUGCAAUUCUGAAGAGGAAAGAAAGAAAUUGCUCCAGUGUUCCUGUUGUGGUCAACUUGUCCAUCCUGCAUGUCUUGUCCCACCAUUGGAAGAUUUAGUUUCAGGAGAUUGGUCAUGUCAUUCAUGCAAGGAGCAGACAGAAGAAUUUCUUCAAAAAAAACAGGCCUAUAUAGCUGAACUUUUGAAGAGGUAUGAAGCUUCUUUGCAGCGAAAAUUAAAAAUAUUGGACAUAAUUCGUUCGAUGGAUCUGCCGAACAAUCCUUUGGAUGAUAUAAUUGAUCAGCUUGGAGGCCCUGAUAAUGUGGCAGAAAUGACAGGUAGGCGAGGUAUGCUUGUAAGGGCCUCUAGUGGAAAAGGUGUAACUUAUCAGGCACGGAACACGAAAGAUGUUACUAUGGAGAUGGUCAACAUGCACGAGAAGCAGCUUUUCAUGGAUGGUAAGAAGCUGGUCGCUAUAAUUUCUGAAGCUGGAUCCGCUGGUGUUUCUUUGCAAGCAGAUAGAAGAGCAGCAAAUCAGAAAAGAAGGGUUCACUUAACUCUAGAACUUCCUUGGAGUGCUGACCGAGCCAUUCAGCAGUUUGGAAGAACUCAUCGGUCGAAUCAAGCUUCUGCACCUGAGUAUAGGCUACUCUUCACUAACCUUGGUGGAGAACGCCGGUUUGCAUCUAUUGUUGCCAAGAGAUUAGAAUCUCUUGGGGCCUUAACCCAGGGAGACCGUAGGGCAGGGCUAACUUUGAGUGCAUAUAAUUAUGAUAGUGCUUAUGGAAAGAGGGCCCUGAUGUUGAUGUAUAAAGGAAUCUUGGAGCAGGAUCCUCUGCCAGUUGUACCACCCGGAUGUUCAUCUGACAAACCAGAAACACUCCUAGAUUUUGUUGAAAAGGCAAAAGCUGCUCUCAAUGCAGUAGGAAUACUUAGGGACAGUGCUCUUGUUACUGUAAAAGAUUCUGGGAAACUUACUGGUCGUAUAGUUGAUUCAGACAUGCAUGAUGUUGGACGUUUCCUCAAUCGUAUAUUAGGACUGGCACCUGAGAUCCAAAAUAGGCUGUUUGAGUUUUUUGUCAGCAUCUUGGAUCUUCUUGUUCAAAAUGCACGAAUUGAAGGAAAUCUUGAUUCAGGGAUCGUUGAUAUGAAAGCUAACAUCGUAGAACUACAAGGAACCCCAAAGACUGUUCAUGUUGAUCAAAUGUCUGGGGCAUCAACAGUGCUUUUCACAUUUACUUUGGAUCGUGGGAUCACAUGGGAGUCUGCAAGUACCAUGCUUGAAGAGAAACAGAAGGAUGGGCUUGGUUCCGCAAAUGAUGGAUUUUAUGAAUCUAAAAGGGAGUGGUUGGGGAGACACCACUUCAUUUUAGCUUUUGAAAGUUCUGCUUCUGGAAUGUAUAAGAUAGUCCGUCCAGCUGUUGGGGAGUCAAUGAGGGAAAUGCCUCUGUCAGAGCUGAAAAACAAAUACAGAAAAAUGGCAUCUCUAGAGAAGGCCCGCGGUGGUUGGGAAGAUGAAUAUGAAGUUUCAUCCAAACAGUGCAUGCAUGGUCCCAAUUGUAAGCUUGGCAACUUCUGCACUGUUGGCAGAAGACUACAGGAAGUAAAUGUGUUAGGUGGUCUAAUUCUUCCAGUGUGGGGGACUAUUGAAAAGGCGCUCUCUAAGCAGGCCCGCCAAAGCCACAAGCGACUUCGUGUUGUUCGUAUAGAAACUACUACGGAUAACAAACGAAUUGUUGGAUUAUUUGUUCCAAAUGCUGCAGUUGAAACCGUACUCCAAGAUUUAGCAUGGGUUCAAGAGAUUGAUGAUUAAGAUGGCAACGGUCAAAGCAGAAGAUAAAAAAGGUUGAAGCAACAGUCAUUUUGAUCGGAAGUGUUAACCAGUUGUAUCGAUCAGAAAUUGGUAAGAUUGCUCCUGCAAAGAUUCUGCUGCAGCUCUUUGGGUUGCAAGGAACACACGUCAAGCAAAAGUGCAUCAACCUGAUAAUCAAGAUAGAGCACAGAUAAUUUUGUGCAUCCUAUUCCUAUAAUACAACCGUGCCAUCUCAUUCAUUCUUAUUCUUCCUUUAUCUUGGCUCAUAUUUUUUGUCAUAUAGUUUUGUAUAAUAUCGGUAUUGUCAUUGAUGAAAGACAAAUCCCUAUUUUGUAUCGGAACCGUACAGUUCCAUUCAGAUAAUAUAUGAAAUAGAAAAAUCCCUUUUCUGAUGAAA